AUGUUCGGACUCACUCCGCAGGCGCUUGCAAAUGCGGCUCAGUGGUGGGGCACGCUGUCUGCCAGGAAGAGAAAGUUGUCUGAUGCCGUUGCCAAGGUGGUCGUCGCCAAGUCAAGAGAACCCACACCGCGAGACCAUGCGCACACGCUUCAGGAUUUCGCGACGGCGGCUGCCAGGAGCUUGACCCCGGCGGGCUCGGCCGUGGCCACCGGCCUGGCCAGCCGCGAUCCACACCCGUCGCAGGAAGCUGGAAGCUUAGUGUGGUGCAUCGCCGUCCUUGACGCCAUAGGCGAGCAGGAGAUGUCCGGGACAGGGAAAGAUGCCGCAGAUCCAGGCGAACACUAUGCAUUCUUGCUGAAGAAAUGCGUCAAGGUCGUAGAAACUUAUGACCCGAAGAAGACAACUAUCGAUGCAUACAUGGAGGACGCGCCGUUUCUCAAGGACAAGAAGCUGGGGGACACAGAGCUCAAGUUCAUACAUCAGGUCUUCUAUGGCUGUAUGCGCUACCACAAGUUCCUCAAGCUUUUUAUCACGAGCUUCAUGUACAAGUGCCCCGCCGCGGCCUUGCGAGCCGAACAGAACAUCUAUUUGGUGCUCGCCUACCUGUUGUUCUUCCGGCUCGAAGAGCUCACUGUUCCGGAGCUUCGCCAGUUUCUGCUUUGUGGUUAUGGUGCUGCACCAGCGAUCAAUGCCCUGAUGCAGUAUGCCUUGAGUGUCGAGGAGCUCGAGAAAUGGGUCAAGGUAGAGUGGUGCAAGUUCUAUGAUGUCGAUUACGUCGAGCAGGACAUCAUCGGCAAGCUGCAAAGCUUCAAGGAUGAGCUCCAGACGACGAGCGACGAGGUGGAGUUUCGGGCGACGGGCACUGUGAAGGCAGCCGAUGGCACGGCCCUGAUUGCAAAGAGUGAGAAGAAGCUGACCGAGUUCAAACCCUUCAACCUCACGCAGCCAAGGCCUCGACUGAUCCCGGAACCAGACGUGAUCAGCCGCCAAGUCAAGGCUCAGCCAGUUCCCACCUCGAUCCACAAGAACAGCCUCAAUAAGGUCGAAGAGCAGAAGAAGAAAAAGUUGCAGGAAGAGAAGGAGAAGGUGCUCGCCAAGUACGACGAAGCUGAUCAUUUCAAUCUGGAAACAGCGAGUCGUCGUGACCACGAAGCUGCUUUCGAUGGCCUGAAGAAGCAGGUGGAAAGUGAGCGAAUGGCGGAAUGCACUUUCUUCCCCAAAACGGAGAAGAAAGCCGUCGCCAUUGCCGAUAAUGCCACGGUCAGGCACAAUGUGGCGUCUGUGCUGAGAGAGGAUGCCUUGGUUAAGCAGAAGCAGGCCAAGGAGUACCAGGCCCUCAAGCGCUAUGAGGAGGACUUGCAUGAUGCCUCGCAGUUCUACACCUGGCAAGAGAAAAUGAAGGAGAAGGAUCACAACGAAGAAGAAAUGCGUGUGCGCCAGCGCAUUGUGGAGAUGCAGCUCUCGCGCGAGGUCGCCAUGGAAGCCUUCGAUUCUGCAGUUCGCAAGAAGCACAUCCUGGCGGAACACCAGCGGGAGGAGUUGCAGGUGGAGAUCGAUAUGCAGGAGCGAAUGCGAGAGCACGAGAUGGGCGAGAAAAAGCAGCUGGUCGAGGAGACUAAGGAGGACCGUGACAGAGCCCGCCUGGCAGAGCAGGAGGCGCUGAAGGAAAGGCUGCAGAAGGCCGACCACAUGCGCAAGGAACGCGAGGUUGACAUGGAGAGGAAGAAGAAGGAGGAGGAACAGGAGAUGGACAGAAAAAAGGAUUUGAUUCGUCAGAUUCGCGCGCUGGAGAAGGUGCCAGUCGAAAAGUUUAAGACUUUCGAUCCAGCGGAGCCACCCUGUCAGGGUUUGCUGGAAGAAAUGUCCUUGGCCGAGCUACGGGAAAGACUGAGAAUCGUCGAAGCUCAGCGUGAGAAGGAGCUGGACGCAAAGCGCGAAAGGCAACUUGCGAAGAAGCAUGAGAAGCAAGAGGAGCUGACCGAAAAGGCUGAGAUGUUAGCCAGAGUUCGUGAACGCGCACGGGACGAGCAGCAGCAGAGGCACGAACAGGUUCGGCAGCAAAAGAUUCUCGAGCAGGAGCAAAAGCAGAGACAUCGAGAAAAGUGCAUUGUAGACGUGGCAGCAAAGCUGCAGUUAAAGAAGCGGCAGAAGAAGGAGGAGGAGCAGCGACUAAAGCUUGAGCUCAAGGAAAUUGCUACAAAGAGGCAAUUUCUGGCUGCUAAUGCGGAGAUGGUGGAGGCCAAGGCACAGGGUGAGCAGCAGGCAGGCCUGGAUCGUGAAGCACAGAAGCGGCAGAAGACGAUUCUCAUCGAGCAGCGGAAGCAGCAUCAGAUCAAAAUUUCUGAGGUGCAGCGGCGACGAGACAAUCAGGACAGAGACGUCCAAGAGUACAAAACAAUGCAGCAGACGGUUACUGCGAGGAUGGACCGUGCGAAGGCUGCGGACCUAGCCCUGAAGGAGGAAAUUCGCCAGUCGGUGCAAUCGGCACGAAACAUCCAACGAAGCAAAGCUCAGCGGAAUGUCACCGAGUUUGGCCACAGCAGCAAUGCAUACAUGAGCAGGAUUCAGAGUCGCAUGGCUACCUCCUGCUAG